UUUUUUUUUUGCUAUUUACACUGGGUGUCCCCGAAAUCGGCCUGGAUCCAAAUUUUUUACUAUUUUUCAGUGUGCCAAGCCCUGGCACAGUCAUAGCUCAUCAAUGAAUAUCGGCUCAUGCUUAGACGAAACAAUCACUCCAGACAGACUGAAGUAACAACCUAGGAGAUUGUUUACUACUACAGGCGCAUACUGUCAACCUAGAGAGCAAUUGGCUCAACAGUUGGCACACUCUCUUGUGUUUUACUCUCCCUAGUUUGCACUCACAUCUGGCUCGGCCUCUUAACUGGCUCUCCCCGCAAUGUCUUCGAAUUCCUUCGUCAUUCGGACUCCCUGCUCGUCCGCAAAUAUCGGCCCUGGGUUUGAUGUCAUCGGUCUAGCCCUUUCCCUCUACCUCGAGCUACAAGUGACUGUCGACGCUGCGAAGACGUCCUCGCAAAAACCUCUCAACUGUGUCAUCACAUAUGACGACCAGAGCAACAGUGCCGAAAAGAUCAGUCUGGACCCGGAGGUGAACUUGAUCACGCGUGUAGCUUUGUACGUACUUAGAUGCCAUGAUCAAAGAGCAUUCCCCGUCGAGACCCGUGUUCACAUCGUAAAUCCCAUCCCACUGGGUCGGGGUCUUGGGUCGUCGGGAACCGCGGUGGUUGCGGGUGUCAUGCUGGGAAAUGAAGUAGGCCAACUUGGUUUGAGCAAGGAUCGACUCCUUGAUUAUUGCUUAAUGAUUGAACGACAUCCAGAUAAUGUUGCUGCUUCUUUGUUCGGAGGGUUUGUUGGAACUUACCUUAAUGAUCUCAAGCCGGAAGAUGUAGCACGCAAAGAGAUCCCUCUCAGUGAGGUUCUGCCCGCCCCAGCUGGUGGAAUUGACACUGGUCGACAACCACCAGAGCCGCCUCUCGGAAUCGGUCAUUAUAGAAAGUUCCAAUGGGCCGAGGAAAUCAAAGCAAUUGCUAUUAUUCCCGAUUUUGUGGUGCCCACUGCCAAUGCCCGAAAUGUUUUACCUACUACUUAUUCACGCGCUGAUGUGGUCUUCAACUUGCAACGUGCUGCUCUACUUCCAGCAGCCUUAGGGUCGUCCCCACCUGAUCCAAACAUGAUCUAUCUAGCUAUGCAAGACAAGGUUCACCAACCCUAUCGCCAGACACUUAUCCCUGGCCUUACAGAGAUCCUCCAAUCAAUGACACCGGCCACACAGCCUGGCCUUCUUGGAAUUUGCCUGUCUGGAGCCGGACCAACUAUUCUUGCCUUGGCCACUCAUAGAUUCGCUGAGAUCGCGGAACUCAUCAUCUCUCGUUUCAGCUCCCAGAACAUCUCUUGUCAGUGGAAACUCCUCGAGCCGGCCCAGGACGGCGCAAUAGUGAAUCACUGAAUACACAUACAUCAUUUGUCUCAUUUCAUGACCAUGCAAUCUGCUAGGAAACAAAGCAUGGUAGGAAGUCAGACCGGUCCGAGCCCGGAUGCUCAUGUUAUUGGCUGGCAGACCUAACAUUUAUCCCAAAACGAAGAACGAAUAGAUAUCAUUCAAUCACAUUGAUAUUAAAGGUUUAGUACCAGCCAUUCUCCUAUAAUAUGCGAGUGCUACCUUAACGGCUCCAACGAAGAAAUAUAAUAAUAAUACAUAAGUAACAAUAAAUAAUAAUGGAGACUCGUCAGAAAUUUUGCUACACGGUUUGACAGCCUGAGCACUAUUGGGUAGUCCCCAGAAUCAGCCCUUCUCGUCUCAAGAACUGUUGACUCUUUUUGACGCAACGGCAAAAUUCAAUACCAGUACUG